AUGUCUCCGGUGAAGGUGUUCGGGCACCCGAUGUUGACAAACGUCGCACGGGUGCUGCUCUUCCUGGAGGAGGUGGGCGCCGAGUACGAGCUCGUGCCCGUCGACUUCGUCGCCGGCGAGCACAAGAGGCCCCAACACGUCCAGCUAAACCCGUUUGCGAAGAUGCCUGGGUUCCAAGAUGGCGAAUCAUUACACAUCAGUACACACAUCAAGUCGCGCGCCAUCGCGAAGUACAUCCUCCGCAAGUACGGGGGGACAGCCGGCCUGGACCUCCUCGGAGAAAACAGCGGAAUCGAAGAAUUAGCAAUGGUGGACGUGUGGACGGAGGUGGAGGCCCAGCAGUACUACCCGGCCAUCUCGCCCGUGGUGUUCGAGUGCAUCAUCAUUCCCUUCAUCAUCCCUGGCGGUGGCGCGGCGCCGAACCAGACCGUCGUGGACGAGAGCCUGGAGCGGCUGAGGGGUGUGCUGGGGAUCUACGAGGCCCGGCUGGAGAAGAGCAGGUACUUGGCCGGGGACUCCAUCAGCUUCGCCGAUCUGAACCACAUCCCAUUCACCUUCUACUUCAUGACCACUCCGUACGCCAAGGUGUUUGAUGAGUACCCUAAGGUGAAGGCCUGGUGGGAGAUGCUCAUGGCGAGACCGGCGGUGCAGAGGGUCUGCAAGCAUAUGCCUACCGAGUUUAAGCUACGUGCGCGUACUAGAUGUUUAUGCACUCCGCGCGGGUGUGUGCCGUGCCGUGCUGGUGAUGAUCCCACUCAAGAGAAGAGACCUCCCUCCCGCGGGUGGGUGAUCAUCUGCCCGUCUACUUCCAGUAUACCCUUUCAGUUUCAGCAGCACGAGGAGUCCGCUUGCGCUUCUGCUCGUGCGAGCCCGGAUUCCUUGCUUUAA